ACAUUCCCUCCAAAUCUGCAAUGCUUAAGACCAAAGUAAGAUCAUUCAAUGCUCCAAAUCUCCAAUUCUUGAACUCCAACAAUGGACAUCCUCUUCGCUCAGAUCCAAGCCGACCUCCGCUCCAACGACGCUCUCCGUCAAUCCGGAGCGCUCUUGCAGGCCCUCCAGCAGUCCGCUGCGGGCCGCGACAUCGCCGUCAUCGCCAAAACCGCCGUCGAAGAGAUCGUCGCUGCACCGGCCUCCGCGGUCUGCAAGAAGCUCGCCUUCGACCUCAUCCGAUCAACGCGCCUCACCCCCGACCUCUGGGAAACCGUCUGCGCCGGCAUCCGCAACGACUUUCACUUCCCCGACCCCGACGUCACUGCCGCCGCCGUCUCCAUCCUCGCCGCCAUCCCCUCUUACCGCCUUGCUAAACUCAUCGCAGAUUGCAACAAAGAGAUCUCUAAUUGCUUCGACUCCCCUAGCGACAACCUCCGCUUCUCCAUCACUGAAACCCUCGGCUGCGUCCUUGCCCGCGAUGACCUUGUAACGCUCUGCGAAAACAACGUUAACCUCCUCGACCGGGUUUCCGCAUGGUGGGGCCGCAUCGCCACCAACAUGCUCGACCGUUCCGACGUGGUUUCGAAGGUGGCGUUCGAUUCACUUGGCCGACUCUUCCAGGAGUUCAGUUCCAAGCGGAUGAGCAAGUUGGCCGGCGAUAAACUUGUCGACAGCGAAAAUUCCCUUGCUAUCCGCUCCAAUUGGGUGUCCUCCAUGGUAGAUUUCGUCUGGAAGAAGCGCCGCGCCCUCAUGGUGCGUUCCCUGAUCUUCCCCGUGGAGAAUUUCCGUGCCACCGUGUUUCCUGUGGUGUAUGCCAUCAAGGCGGUGGCCUCCGGCAGCGUGGAGGUCAUUCGCAAGCUCUCCAAGUCUUCUUAUGGUGCCAAUCCGGGUGUUGAAGUUGACUCCCAUGCGGAGAAGCUGGUGGGGGUUUCCGAUGUGGUUGCUCACUUGGCACCGUUCUUGGUUUCAGCGUUGGAACCGGCAUUGAUUUAUGAAGUGGGGAUCAAUAUGCUGUAUCUGGCUGAUGUUCCUGGUGGGAAGCCUGAAUGGGCGUCCCAAUCCAUUAUUGCCAUUCUCACUCUGUGGGAUAGGCAGGAAUUUGCUUCUGCCAGAGAGAGUAUUGUUAGGGCAGUUGUUACCAAUAUCCAUCUCCUUGAUCUUCACAUGCAGGUGUCACUGUUCAAGAGGCUACUUUUGAUGGUGAGAAACCUGAGAGCAGAAUCGGAUCGUAUGCAUGCUUUGGCGUGUAUAUGUAGAACAGCACUUUGUGUGCACCUAUUUGCCAAGGAAAGCGUAAGAAGAGGGCAGAAACCUCUUGCCGGAACAGACAUAGCUUCACUCUUUGAGGAUGCCAGAGUGAAUGAUGAUCUUAAUAGCAUUACAAGUAAAAGUAUAUUUAGGGAGGAGUUAGUUGCAUCGCUGGUGGAAAGCUGCUUUCAGUUGUCCCUGCCUUUGCCUGAACAGAAAAAUUCAGGCAUGGAGAGCAGGGUCAUUGGAGCUUUGGCAUAUGGAACUGGUUAUGGUGCAUUAAACUGGACUGAGCCUGCUUUGGAAGUGGUGGAGGUUUGUCGGCCAUGUAUUAAAUGGGAUUGUGAUGGCCGCACUUAUGCAAUCGACUGCUACUUGAAAUUGCUUGUUAGGCUGUGUUACAUUUAUGAUACUCGGGGUGGAGUAAAAAGAGUCAAAGACGGAGCCUCUCAGGACCAAAUUUUGAAUGAGACUAGAUUGCAAAACUUGCAACGUGAACUUGUGAAGGACUUACGCGAGGUCAAUACACCAAGAAUAUUGGCCCGCCUUAUUUGGGCUAUUGCAGAGCACAUUGAUAUAGAAGGAUUGGACCCACUCCUAGCAGACGACCCAGAUGAUCCUCUUAAUGUCAUUAUAUCAAAUAUUCACAAGGUUCUUUUUAAUGUUGAUUCAACUGCAGAAACAACUAAUAGAGUUCAAGAUGUACAGGCAGUUCUUAUAUCUGCCCAACGGCUGGCAUCACGCCACCCUAGGGCUGGGCAGAUACUUACCAAAGAGCUUGAAGAGUUUAGGAACAAUCCUUCAGCUGAUUCUGUCAGCAAGCAUCAAUGCCGAUUGAUAUUGCAGAGAAUCAAAUAUGCAUCAAGUCAUCAAGACAGCAAGUGGCCAGGGUUUACUGCAGCCAGAGGAGAUUACCCAUUUAGCCACCACAAAUUAACUGUUCAGUUUUAUGAAGCAUCUGCUGCUCAGGAUAGAAAGUUAGAAGGAUUAGUUCACGAGGCUAUUUUAGAGCUAUGGAGACCUGACCCCAGUGAAUUAACCCUUUUGCUGACAAAAGGUGUUGAUUCUACUUUACUAAAGGUUCCUCCAACUGCAAUUACUUUGACUGGAAGCAGUGAUCCCUGCUAUGUUGAAGGUUAUCAUUUAGCAGAUUCAAGUGAUGGGAGGAUCACUUUGCAUUUAAAGGUCUUAAACCUAACUGAGCUUGAAUUAAAUCGGGUGGAUGUACGCGUGGGAUUAUCAGGUGCAUUAUAUUAUAUGGAUGGUUCUUCUCAAGCAGUGCGGCAGUUGCGUAAUCUUGUUUCACAGGAUCCAGUGCUGUGCAGUGUGACAGUUGGCGUUUCACACUUUGAAAGAUGUGCCCUUUGGGUUCAAGUGUUGUACUACCCAUUCUAUGGUAGUGGUGCUGUUGGAGACUAUGAAGGUGACUAUGCAGAAGAGGAUCCUCAAAUCAUGAGACAGAAGAGAAGCCUAAGGCCUGAAUUAGGUGAACCUGUGAUUUUGAGAUGUCAACCUUAUAAAAUUCCAUUGGCUGAGCUUCUCUUGCCGCACCAAAUAUCACCUGUAGAGUUUUUCCGACUGUGGCCCAGUUUGCCAGCUAUUGUAGAAUAUACUGGUACAUAUACUUACGAAGGAAGUGGUUUUAAGGCUACUGCAGCUCAACAGUAUGGUGCAUCUCCUUUCUUAAGUGGACUGAAAUCCUUGUCUUCCAAGCCAUUCCAUAAAGUUUGUUCACAUAUUAUCCGAACAGUGGCAGGGUUUGAGAUGUGUUAUGCUGCUAAAACUUGGCAUGGUGGCUUCUUGGGCAUGAUGAUUUUUGGUGCCAGUGAAGUGAGUAGAAAUGUGGACUUGGGUGAUGAGACAACGACCAUGCUGUGCAAGUUUGUGGUACGAGCAUCUGAUGCAUCUAUAACUAAGGAGAUCGGAUCAGAUCUCCAGGGUUGGUUGGAUGACCUUACUGAUGGCGGGGUGGAGUAUAUGCCUGAAGAUGAAGUGAAAGUAGCUGCUGCCGAGAGGCUUCGGAUAUCCAUGGAAAGGAUAGCCUUGUUAAAGGCAGCCGAACCACGACCCAAGACCCCAAAAUCUGACGAUGAAGAUGAAGAGGAUGAUAAAGACGACAAUAAAGAAAAGAAAGAUGGUGAUGAAGAUGAGAAAAAGGGGCCUUCAACACUAUCGAAGUUAACUGCUGAAGAGGCUGAACAUCAAGCACUUCAAGCAGCAGUGCUACAGGAGUGGCAUAUGCUCUGCAAGGAUAGAAGUACCGAAGUUAAUUAACUAUUUUCCUUUCUGUUUUGGGUUGCUAUUUUUACUUCUGGGUUUUUCGAGAAAUGUAUGAGUAUAUUCUUUGUACUCUUUAUUUUACAUAUACCAGUUAGGUAGAAACUAAAAUUUGCCCGAGAAACGAUUGAGUGUAUUCUUUUUACAAAGAAAGCCUGUACUAUUUAAAUGAAGUCUAGCCUUUAUC